AUGGUUACUGCAGCCUGGGUUUGGGCGGGGAAGACAAAAAAUCUUCGCCGCAACCCGGUGCACGGCGAAGAGGAGGCUCGCCUGGUACUUACCGAUAAGUUCGAGGCCCAGGACACAACCACCCAGGAGACGGAGAUGGGUGGCACAAUUGAGCUCGAGGACCGUCUCAAUGCUGCUGAUGGGGCCCGAGCCGAAGGGCUCCGGGACCAAAUCAAGGCCCAGCUCGAGAAGCUCCAGACGUGCUUUGAUGAUCUCACCAAGAAACAAUCCGAUGCCCUCACCCGCCCGCUGGACAAGCCCUUCCAGGACUCCAUCCUGAAGAUGUUCGCCGAGGUGACGAAGCAGGAUCUUAUCAUGAACAACUACAUCGUGAGAUCUCGGGGUGUGAAGCCCGCGACGGGUUCCGGGAAGUCGAAAGCCAAGACGGCCAAGCCGGCCAACAAGGAGAAGAAGGAUAAAAAGGAGAAAAAGGAGAAGACGGCGAAGAAAUCCAAGAAGGAGAAGAAAUGCCUUUCUACGCAUGAAGACGAUCUGAGCGACGACGAUGACCUGGCUAAUGAGCUUCUGGUUGGUUUCCAGACUGGGGCAGAAAGUGCUGAACGUGUUGUCCGGAUAGCUCAAGUGGCCUCCCGCAAGAUGCAGAAGCAAGGAGUGGUCUUUUCCAACUUUGCUUCCGAGCUCGUGGGUAGAGACUUCGAUGAGAUCGCUGGCACCCUCAUACCAUUCGCCAUACAUGGGGAUGAGGGCAGAGGAAAGGUUAAGAAGCCUAUCAUAU